GGGUGGGGAAGAGACAAGUAGCCUACGCAACCACUGAGGGCAGACGGGCACUGGAACAAAAUAUUCAUCCCUACUUAACAUGUCAGUCAGGAUUAAUGCCCUUACAACCCUCUCCUUUAGGUUCAGCCAGGUCCUAUUGGAAGUACCGAAGCCAGGGCAGAGGCGGUAAUAUAUAAGGCAGAACAGGGGAGGACAGGAACACAACACCAAAGCCCAGCGGUUUCAGUAGCGCACACAACGGAGCGCCGCCUGGACUUGUGUUUCACGUCUCUGCGUCUCUACCAGUUGUUGACAGGCGUAAUGACUGAUCGCUCAUACAUUUCGAGAGCGUGAUGCACGUCGACUAACAUGUCAGAGCUCCUUGAUGUCACACAGUUCUGCUUUUGAAAUAUUUUUUUCGCAAGUGGACCACUCAUGCAGCAGUUUGUGAGGCUGCAGGUGAUACUGUUUGCAUGCGGCUAAAGUUGCAGGAGCUCACCAGUCGCUGUGUUUGCGCUGUUGGAGGAUAUCAGUUGCGCACGUAAACUUGCAGCGUAAAAAAUUAGACUUGAGCCGUGAGCACUUUCCGAGAUGGAGUUGAAGAGCGCGUGUCGUAUGUUUCUUUUCCCGGUUCAAAUGCUCUAUUAUUUAGUCAGAGCAAGUUUGUUUUCGCUGUUGCCAAGCAGAAGGAAGGACCUAACCAAGGAGGUUGUAUUGAUCACCGGAGGGGGACGAGGCAUCGGGCGUCACCUGGCCAUAGAGUUUGCCAAGCAGGGGGCCAGAAAGGUGAUCUUGUGGGGCAGAACGGAGAGGUGUCUCAAGGAAACAGCCGAAGAGAUCUCUCUCUCAGGAACAGAGUGCCAUUACUUCCUGUGUGAUGUGGCCAAUCGUGAGGAAGUUUACAAGCAAGCCAAGGUGGUUAGAGAAAAGGUUGGAGAUGUUACGAUAUUAGUGAACAAUGCAGCUGUAGUCCAUGGCAAAAGUCUGAUGGACAGCGAUGACGACGCCCUUCUGAAAUCCCAGCACAUCAACACCAUGGGACAGUUCUGGACAACAAAGGCCUUCUUGCCUCGGAUGCUGGAGCUGCAGCACGGCCAUGUAGUAUGCAUAAACUCCAUCUUGUCCCAGUCUCCCAUCCCUGGGGCCAUAGACUACUGCACCUCCAAGGCCUCAUCGCUGGCCUUCAUGGAGAGUCUGACACUGGGCCUGCUGGACUGUCCUGGUGUUGGCUGUACCACUGUGCUUCCUUUCCACACCAAUACAGAGAUGUUCCAGGGCAUGAGAGUCAGGUUUCCUCAGCUCUUUCCUCCUCUCAAACCUGAAGUAGUUGCCCAGAGGACAGUGGAUGCAGUCCGAGCUGACAAGGCCUUCCUCUACCUGCCCUGGACUAUGCAUGCCCUUAUCAUUUUAAAAAGCUUCAUGCCACAAGUUGCACUUGAAGAAAUCCACAAGUUUUCCGGGAGUUAUACCUGCAUGAACACGUUCAAAGGGAGGACAUGAAUCUGGAUUGCACACAGUGUGAGAGCGACCUCAACAGCUCUGAGGUGUAAUGAAGGGAAUAUGGACCUUAAGACAUUGAGUUGUGGAGGCCCCAUGAUAGUGUGAAGACAAACACUUAGGAGACGUGCAAGAUGGUUGUUCUGCAGGUACAAUUAAUUGAUAAACUGCAGGAUGCACCCUUGUCCCAUUGGUAUGUGUGUAUAGUAUGGAGAACUGAACGCCAUUCUCACUUUGAACACAAGCCAUGCAUAGGCCUGUAUCAGUAGUUAUUCUGGGUGUUUUUUUGUGACGCUUUUUUAGUCUGUUUUUACACUUCCUUUUUAUUCUGCUUUUAAUGUGUCUUUGAAUCAAAACAAGAUAAUAAAAUGGAGUUUUAGAGACGCACCAUGUUUCUUUGUGCAUGAUGAAAAUAGAAAAAGUGAACACUCGGGAGGUGCACAUUGUUUUGUGUCUGGAUUUUGACUCCCAUGGCAGUGUGAUAACACCUUUGAUUUAUUCCAAGCAUGAGAUCAGUGACUGUGACAGACGAUGUUGUCAAAACGUAAAACACACGCUUGGAGGCGGAUUUUGUAUUAUUGUUUGUUCUCUGCUGUCAGAAAAUGUUGCAGAGGGAUGGUGUAACUCUUCAUAAAUCAAAUGAACUCAAAGCAAGUCAGCCAGGACCCCCCUCAUCACAUGUGUAGAGUAGUCUAAAACCAUGUUCAGUGAACAUGGGUAGACACAGAGACUGGGAUGUAUUAACUGAGACCUGGAAGGACAGCAGUCAAGGCCUGAAUCACCAAAGUUUAAAGUCAACUUCUGAAAAAGUAAACUAUUUAAUUGUGUUAUAAAGACAACAGUACAUCAAAUUUGAUUUUGUUAGCGUGGCUUAAUUUCAUAUAUUCUUCGAUCAAUCAAUGUUUGCAAUUGCUACACAUUUCUUUUAUUAGAUCAUAUAAAUGAUUUGUAUCAGAGAAACCCCAGAGGCUAAUAUUCCAGAAAAGAGAGGGACAAUAUGGAGCCUCUUUUGUUUUAUUGCGUAUGAAUCUGAAUAUGUUCCAAAGAUUUAAAGCAAAACAGAGGAAGGGAGCUGUGGAAAUUCACAAUGGAUGAGAUUUAGCAAUACCAGAGUUUUGCAGUUAUGUUGUGGGUUAUUUUGGGGACAUUAUUUAAGAACUCAAAAAAAGCAUGUUAAAAUUGGAAAGACCCAAGCUUGGUAGCUUAGUUAACCGAGAUUGUUCAAAAAACUUGGACACUGGAACUGAAAUUAAACAGUCAUAUGUCACUUCUGACUGAUGCUACAGGAGCCAGUAAGCAUCUUCAACCAUAACGGAGAAAUUGUUCUUUGAUUUCAUCUUAUGUGAACUGAAUGAAAGCCUCUAACCAGUGACGGAAUGUAACUAAAUACAUUUUCUGUACUAAGUACUGUACUUUUAAAUAGAAUUUUGAGGUACUUCCAUGUUCUGCUACUUCAUACUUCCACUACAUUUUGGAGGCAAAUACGUUUUGUACUUUUUACUGUAAGUGACUGUUUUAGCAUGAAAGCUUUACUUUUAACUUAGGUUUUCCUUCUUUCUUACUGUAGCAUUAACCAAAAACUUACAUUAAAGGAGCAUUUUGUGUUGC